UACAACUACAACCAGUCAACAAAUUCAACAAAUCUGCCUCUCAUAAACUCAACCAAAUAUGCCUAUCAAACCAAUGCAAUCUCACCGAUUGAACAAGAAUUAGAACAUACCAACACAUGGACGUCCUCAUUUGGAAUUGGUUGACUGUCGGUGUGGGUGGAGCUGCCGGCAUUUCUCUGUCUGCUAGCUUUUCGAUUGGUGGUCAUGUCGACUGGUGGAGGUAGGCUUUGGUUGGAUUACUUCGGAGUUGGAAUCCUUCCUCUUGUCUUGCUAUGGCUGCCGCCGGCUAGAAUGGAGCAUUGGGCAGUGCGGAGCUGCGAACGCGAGUACGGGCGGUGGGAUUCGAUUGCGAGACGCGAGUGGUGGCGGCCGACGGGAGAGUCGGUGGGACUGGGUGGAAAGCGGGGCGGCGGCGAGUGCGGUGGGAGAGAGAUGGAUGGAGGAGGUGGGCUGACGCAACCCGCAAGUCAGGUCGUCCCCGCAGCCCGUGGAGAAACAACGAAUCGCGGUGGCCGCCGGUCGGUGUGUCUCUGCCUCUCUAGACUGUGGAAGAGAUCGCCGAUCAGGAGCGGGGUUACAAGCGGGCAGCGACGCUGAAGACUGUGUCUCUGGUGCUGUUUCGAUUAGGGUUAGGGACUUAGGGUUGCUGCUGCUCAGCUGCUGGGGCAUUGGUGUCGGGCCAGGUAAGUGGAAAUGGAAUGGAUCAAUUGGGCUGGGUGGGUUGGGACUUGGGCUGGGCGGGCAUUGGGGCUUGGGUAUCAGUAUCAGAGAAUGGGCUGAGUGCUGAGGGUUAAACAAUUGGGCUGGGUUGGGAACUUGGGCCUGGGCUCUGGGGUCUAGGCAGAUCACAUAGGUUGAAGAUUCGGAAAAUCGGUCGGAAAAUCGGUUGUUCGUAUCGGUUCACAAGAAGGUGUCUCCCGAAAUAUGCUCUAUUUCAGUCCGAAUUCCGAACCUAAUAAGGUUAACUUCGGUUUCAGUCGGUUUUUGUUCGGUUCGGUUCGGUAAAUCCGAACCGCAUGCCCGCCCCUAGUGCCAAGCACGGCACGAAAUAAAUGGGCCCGAAGCAUGCCCGUAUCGUGCCGGCCCAAGCAUGGCCCAACGGCCAUGUACAGGUUGAACCAAGUGGUGCCCGAUCCGAUUAUGGUGCUUACCAUUCAUCUGUUAAAAUAACAGGUCGUGUCUAGGAAUGUCAAAAAGUAAAACCGUCUAUGAGUUUUCGUGUGAUUUUCACAAUUCAAAUCGAGAUUGUAUUGUGGUUCAGUUCGACUGCACCGAUUGACCAAGGGUGUUUGCGACUCGGUUCAUGACGAUGUGGUAUGCGGCGUGAUUCAACCGGACUCUUCCUCAAUUAAAACAAACUAAUUUUGGCUGCAAUAUGCAAUUUAGACAUUUGGAUUCACACAUCUUAAGUAAGAUAAUGGUCUAGUAAUUGCUUGUUUCUGUCUAAUAUGCUUGUUAGGCGGCCGUACUCCAUAUGGAUCCCUUGUUAAUGUUCCCCUGUUAAUGUUCCUUUCUCUUGUACUAUAAACAGGCCAUCGAAAUGGUCGAGAGUUUAGGGGAGAGUGUGAUUCGGUGCCGUUUGGGUAGUUUUCCUUCGUUGUCAUUAAGUUAGUGUCAUCCAUCUGUUCAACAUGCAUGUGAUGGCUGAUGAGCUGUGGAUCUUCUUUUUUUGAGUGAUGUCCUGUUUUUGUAUGAUGAUCAUCACUAGGGUUUGUUAUUGUAACGAGUAUAAGAGGUCGGUUGGAAGUUGAGAUUUCAGACGAUGUAAUUAUGAGAGUUUGUCAUUUUUUUUAGUAUUAAAAGGAGACGCAAUAUUUUAUUUUGUGCAGAAGAUGAGACCGUCAGAAUUUUUUAAUUAUGGACGAUUGUUAGUCUCUCUUUUUUUUUCUUCAUUUUUUGAGGGACCACCAAAAUCGUUCAAUCUCUAAACAAUGUAAUUUUCAAAUUCACAAUGCAUUUAAUUAGAAUACAUAAAAUUGAUUAUA